CAAGUCGGCCGCAUGUGUAUUUUUAACCACGCGCCGCACAAAAUUUACAGAAAAGUCUCCUCUGUUUUUCACUCCUUUUAUCUCAAUUUUGAAGCUUCUGAAGACACCACUAUUCUGUGAGACAUGGCAGAUUUCGACGGGGAGGCGGACGUGUGCGACAUGGGUGAAGAACGGUCGGGAAACGAAGAUACUUCCGAGGGCAUAGACAAUGACAUUAUUGCCAUUGAGUUGGGCCAAACGAGUCAAUUUGACGAUCAGGGGACUGACGAUGCCACGACCGGUCCUGGUGACAACGGCACGGACGCCGAUGAAAAAGACGGCGAUAAACCCGAUAAAAGAUCACAGGAUAAACCAAGAGAUCGCGACCGAGGAAAUGACAGGAAUCGAGAGCGCAACAGGGAUCGUGACAAUCGUCGUGACCGCCGGGAUUCAGGGCGUCGAGAUGGGGGAAGGCGCGAUCAACGAGGGGGAAGGUUCCACCCAUACGGGGGCCGGGAUCGCGACGGGGGUGGUGGACGAGACAAGACAGUCUGCCGGUCCGUCUUUGUCAGUAACAUUCCGUUUGAGAUUAAAUGGCAAGAACUUAAAGAUAUCAUGAGGAAAGAAGUGGGUGAGGUCACAUACACAGAGCUGUUUUUUGAUACAGAGAACAGAUCAAAGGGAGUUGGUGUUGUUGAAUUUGCCUCAAAGGAAAACGUGGACAGGUGCAUGGACAAGAUGAACAAAUUCCAGAUCCGAGGACGUGGGCUGGUUGUGAAAAUCGACCAGGACCGGCGCUACAGUGACAAGUACAGGCGGCAGGCUGACAAGGAGCAGAAAGCGCGUAUGCUACUGACACCCCAGGUGCUUACCCAGCUUAACCUGGACCCCAACACAGUCAGUGACACCAUCUUUGUGUCUAAUAUUCCAUACGAUGUAGACUGGAGGAAACUGAAGGACAUCUUCCAUCUUGCCGGCGAGGUCACACACGCUGACGUCUUGAUGGACAACAAAGGAAAGAGUAAAGGCAGUGCCACUGUUACAUUCGAAUCCAUCGUUGAAGCUGUCAAUGCCAUCUCCAUGUUUGAUGGGCAGAUGCUCUACACCAGGAAACUUGCCGUCAGAAUGGAUCAAGCCAAGAGAGAUAGAGACCGACCCCAGAAGCAGCAACCUCUUCCAAGUGGUCUAAGCCAGCUUGGCCCCAGUCUUGAGAAUUUGACCAGUGGAUUCGGAGGCAGUGGUGGUAUGGGAGGCGGGUCUGGUGGUAGAGGAGGAGGAGGAGGCGGAGGAGGAGGAGGAGGAAUGGGAGGAGGGCUGAGUGGUGGACUAGGUGGACUGGGCAAUAUCGGAAUGGGCAACAUGGGCCUGGGAAAUCUAGGAAACAUGGGAAACCUUGGUGGUCUUGGGAGCAGCUUGGGAGGACUCGGUAACCUCGGAUCCAACCUCGGUGGUGGAGGUCUUGGAGGGUUGGACAGCAACAGGAUGAGUGGGCUUGGAGGCAGUGGAAGUGGAUUCGGUAACAGCCUCGGAUCUGGACUCGGUGGGAAUCUGGGUAGUGGGCUCGGUGGCGGACUAGGAGGUGGGCUAAGCAGUAUGGGAGGAUUUGGCGGUGACCUCUCUCAGAACUCCCUCAACAUGGGUGGUCUAUCCUCUCUGGGUAUGGGAUCAGACCUGUCCUCCAUGGGCAACAUGGGCAACUCCGGGGGAUACGGAGGCUCCGGACAAGGGCUGAUGGGCUCCAACAUGGGCAUGCUCGCCGGUGGAAAAGACAACUACGGGGAUAGCCUGGGUAACAUGAGGGAUGAUCGAGACAGGGGGGACAGGGGUGGCAGAGACCGUGGGGAUCGGGACCGCAGAGGAGGAGGGGGAGGGGGUAGAGACAGGGAUAGGGACAACCGUGGACGUAGUGGUGUUGAACAGGGAUGUCAAGUCUUCGUCAGAAAUUUGCCGUUCAAGUACUCCUGGCAGGAUCUGAAGGAUCGUUUCAAGUUGAUUGGUCCAGUGCAGUUUGCAGAGAUUAAGACCCACGCUGAGAGUGGAAGGUCCAAGGGUUAUGGGACCGUCAGGUUCCAGAACCCUGAUGAUGCACAGAAGGCAAUCCGAGAGAUGAGUGGUUGUCGAAUGGAAGGUCGUGAUAUUGAAGUGACUCUGGACUAUGCCUAAAGUCUGUUCACUGGUUCCCUUGUUUUAUAAACGGUGUCCUGCAGAGGUUGCGGUUGUCUACAGUGUAUAUGCUGUCUCAUCAACACUUGGUUAUUAGGUUUUUUAUUCGGGGGUCGAGACUUUUAAGCCAAGGAUGAUGUUUGGACUUUGACUCUAUCGAUUGUGUUGCAAAGGUUGAUUCCAUUGAUCAGGAAUUUAUUUUAUGAUCGGGAAUUGAUUUUUUGAUCAGGAUCCAUCAACACUUCUUAGUUUUUAACUGUGAUUGUUAGGAUGCUGUUCUGGCUUCAUUUCUGGUGAUGUAUCAGUUCUAAUCACGUUCCAAAUUCAUCUGUGUGGUUUUGGAGUCCUUGUCAAGGGGAGGGGGGUAUUUGUGAAUCAUCUGUAUUCAUAGAGAGAGAGCAAUUUGUAUUUGAUUUGUUCUUCAGAAUUGUUCCAAACUGAUUUGUUAUGUUUGAUAAUUUUAUUCUGAUCGGUCCAUUCAAUUCCGGUUUAUCCAAAUGUCGAGUUUGAUAUGUGAAUCGGGAACGGUUUACCCACCUUUGUGAGGGAGUUAUUGCUCGGACCUAGAAGUUAUUCAGUGCUUGUUUUAGUUUUUGAAGAACAACAAAGGAUUUUGUAUAUUCCGUGAUUUUAUUGUUAUUUUUUUAGCGUAUUAAAAGAGGUUUUUGUUUUUAAUUGUAAGCAAACGUCGAUUUGAUGAACUGUUGUUGUAGCUGUUGAUUGGUUUGUUUUAUUUUAGACUUUUUCCUGUGUGCCAGGUUUUUCAUUAUGUCUUAUCUCUACUUGGGGUUUGAUGUAGAUGUAAGAUUGUGACUUGACCAAAUUAUAUUUGUUGACAAGUUUUCUUGUAAGAUGCUGGUGCAUCCACAUUUAUUUGCUGUGAUUUGAAAGACAAUCGAAACAACGCUGUUGAAUACCUUUUUGUUUAAUGGUUUUGAAAGCAUAACGGCAUCAUGGCAAAACGAGACAAGAUUUACAUGGUUUUUUGAGUUGCCAUAAUCACGUGCUGAUGUUCGGGAGGUUGGCUGCCAUUUCGUUCUUGAUUCGAACAAGUUUGCGUGAUCACCUCUGCCUCUUCUGAUCCGAAGGCUGGUGCCUUGAAUUUAACAAAAUUGUGACACUGUCUUGCAUUUUACAGCAAUGUCCACCCGUGGUCUAGGAAUUAAUAAUAAUGGUGUAUCUUGUUCGAACAAGUUUGCGUGAUCACUUCUGCUGCCUCUUUUGAUCCGAAGGCUGGUGCCUUGAAAUUAAAAAGCUGUGACACUGUCUUGCAUUUUACAGCAAUGUCAACCCAUGGUCUAGGAAUUAAUAAUAAUGGUGUAUCUGCAUGAUUUGUGUUUAGCUUCAAAAUUAUACUAUCUCCGGAAAAGUUGCUUUAAUUUUGUACGAUUGGAAUGUAUCCAUAAUUGUAUUGUUCAGCAUCUAAAGCCUGCUUGUGUAUAUAAAAAGCUACCAUUCUGUGUGUUAUUCCGAUUCUAAUACCAGGUGGCAAGAGUCGAAAGGCAUGCCUUGUCCGAUGUUUACAAUUUUGAUUUUAGCAAGAAGGUGUGGAGAAUAUUGCCAGCUGUGGUUUUAUGAGCUACAUACGUAUUAACUUAUGAUCAGUGUUGCACCAAGUUGAAUUAUUACAGCUUCUCGAGUGUGUAACAAGUAUUUUUAAGAGAAAUUUUCCAGUGGUAUUUCUGAGUCUGCUUAUGUCAAAGUAAACAUGUACAAAUGAGUCGUGCUGGGUAGAGAAAGGACAUGAAAGUUUCUCUUCACAAGAAGGAUAUGAAACUUUGCUUCCCAGCAAAUAUAUCUUUCAGGAGCAGUUGCCCGAUGCCAAUUCCAUCCGAGGAUCUUUGCAACAUUGGAAGAUUUCUUUAAGCAGAGUACCCGUCCUGGGAUGGAUUCUGGAGGAGCUAAACAUUUCCUUGAGAGCAUCAUCCGUUUCCUGGUGGUUUGAGCAACUUCAAUCUUGAAAAAUCUUUUGAAAGAUUUACUUCACGAGUGUAACAUCUCAUAGACUCCAGGGGGUUUUCUCGUCAGAUUAAGAAUGUGAAUGUGUCUUGGGUUGCAGUCUUUUGGGAAUUGGUCCAAAAAGCAAAGUUGAUGACUAUGGGAUUGUACACUAGUAAGAAAUGGCCGACAAAUUCCUAGUUUGUUUGUCUUUCGGGUGGAAACAUAAGAUGUAGAACCAGACUUGUCUUGAGAAUGUGCUGGUAGUCUAUGAGGGUCUUUGGGGACACACGGUUGCAGCAGACUUACUAGGUAAAUCCAUCAUUCUCGAAGAUGUGCGCAUGCUCGGAACUUGGUAAACAUUGGACAUUUACCUGGUGAGUAUGCUGCCACCUAGCAUUUCAAAGUCUCCGAUAAAGCAGAAAUUCAAACAUGUUUUGAAAUGUAUUAUUUUUUGACUUGGUGUACAACUCUGGUCAAGUGUCUUGAGAUGAGUUCUGAGGGAAUGGCUCCUUUAUGUACACUUUUCUUUUGAGACUUUGUCGAACGAAGCUCACUGACUGAAAAGUUGUUUUGAAAUUUGGUCAAUGAAUAUGAAAAAAGCUGUCAUUAGGCUGUUGGUACAUACACAUCAACUUUGCUUUUCUCUUUCCAAUGUUUAUGAAAAAACAAGAAACAAACUUGUUCUGUGUGAGAAAGAAAGAUUACCAGACUGCCUUGUGUAUUUGAAUAUGUUCGACUUCAUUUGAAACUCAUCCCUGAAGUGUAAAUUAAAUUAGUGUCAGGUCUCUGUGAAAGUGCUACCAAUUGUUUAAAAGUAUUAACGUGUUUAAAACUGUAUAUUGCUAUACUCGGAUUACUGGCAUUUGAAACCGACGACGUGAUAAAUUCUGUCAUUAGUGGUUGGUACAUGUAGUUGGUCACCUUUGUAGGUAGAGUAAUGCAAUGUUUGUAGAGUUUGAUUUGCAGAAAUAAAGGGUUCAAAGACAUCCACUUGUA